AUGAUCCUGGCAAACUUUGCUGAAUUGGUCACGAAGCAGUUGGAGGGCGACAUCUUGUUGGCGAUCCACAAAAAGCGAGAAGAGGCGCGCCAGAGGGAGCGCGCCGACGCCGACGCCGCGGGCGCCGCCGCCGCCGACGCCGCGGCCGCCGCCGCGGGGGAUGCGGGCGCCGCGUGGGGGGGCGCGGAGAGCUGCGUUCUGUGCGUGGACGUCGGGCGGGGGCCCGGGUGGCCGGUGCUGCACGCGACGCCGAACGUGGCGAAGGUGGCGGGUGCGUGCCUCGCCGCAGGCGGGCCGGGCGCAGCGGCAGCGGCCGCGGCGCGGGGGGCGGGGCGCCCUGUGGCAGACCCCUCUGCUCCGGCCGCCUCCGCGGGCCGCUUUGAACAGCUGUCCGCGCGGGAGUUCCAAAAACUGGCGCCUGUCU